CCAAUUAAUUUCCCCAAAUGGCUUGAAGAAAAUGGUGUCAAACUUCAGCCACCUGUAAACAACUAUUUAUUAUUUAAAGGAGCUGACACAAUUAUAAUGGUUGUCGGUGGCCCAAAUCAACGUACGGAUUAUCAUGUUAACGAAACAGAGGAAUGGUUCUAUCAGUAUAAGGGUGAUUUACUAAUUAAAGUUGUCGAUGACGGAGAGUUUAAAGAUAUCCAUGUUAAGGAAGCCAACGUGCCUCACAAUCCUGUUCGAUUCGAGAAUACAAUCGGUCUUGUUGUUGAAAGGGUUCGGUUACCCCAUCACAUAGAUGCUUUGAGGUGGUAUUGUGAAAAGGAUUCAUGUCGUAAUAUCGUCUAUGAGGAGACGUUUCAUUGCGUUGAUCUCGGCUCACAAUUGAAGCCUGUUAUCGAAAAGUUUGCUGCUAGUAAAGACCUUCGAACU